AUGCCGUGAAUCCAGAAACAAGAGAUUUUACAGCUCAGAUGCCGCCGGAGCUCCACAUCCCAAUGAGGCGCUGAGCAGCAGCCGAGCCGUUUUCUCUCGCGUCUUGUGGAAAUGUUGGGACGAGGCGCGGUGCUCUGUCUUUAGUUGAUGCCUUUUACCGUAAAACAAAAAAAGACACUGUGGUUUUUUCACCCAAGUUGGGCUGAGGUGACCGAGAUCCCCGUUAACUGCGGAUGUCCCUGACCAAUUCAAGCGUCUUUCUGCUCAACGAGGGUUCAGCCGAUUCCUACACUAGUCGACCCUCGGAUUCCGACCUGUCCCUGGAGGAGGACCAGGAGGCGUCUCGGCGUGAAGCCGAGCGCCAGGCUCAGCUGCAGCUAGAAAGAGCCAAGUCCAAACCAGUAGCAUUUGCAGUGAAAACCAAUGUGAGUUACUGUGGGGCCCUUGAUGAGGAUUGUCCGGUCCAAGGUGCCGCUAUUAACUUUGAAACCAAAGACUUCCUGCACAUAAAAGAGAAAUACAACAAUGACUGGUGGAUUGGUCGGCUGGUGAAGGAAGGGGCAGACAUCACUUUCAUCCCGAGCCCAGUCAAACUUGAAGCUAUGAGGAUAAAACAAGAGCAGAAAGCAGCGGCAAGGAAAGGAGGGAACGCUUCAUCUGGAGGCUGGAGGUCCACCCCGCCAUCUGCAGCCAAACAGAAGCAGAAACAGACUGAACAUGUUCCUCCAUAUGAUGUGGUCCCUUCGAUGAGGCCGGUGGUGCUGGUGGGCCCCUCACUGAAAGGCUAUGAGGUAACUGACAUGAUGCAGAAAGCCUUGUUUGACUUCCUGAAGCACAGAUUUGAUGGCAGGAUCUCUAUUACACGGGUGACUGCUGAUCUGUCACUGGCAAAGCGCUCGGUGCUGAACAAGAAGGCCAUAAUGGAGAGAUCGAACACGCGCUCCAGUCUGGCUGAGGUCCAGAGUGAGAUAGAGAGGAUCUUUGAGCUGGCCAAGUCUCUCCAGCUGGUCGUCCUGGAUGCAGACACCAUCAAUCACCCAGCACAGCUCCUCAAAACUUCUCUGGCUCCCAUCAUCGUCUACGUCAAAGUCUCCUCUCCUAAAGUCCUUCAGAGGCUGAUCAAAUCUCGAGGGAAGUCACAAAGCAAACACCUCAAUGUCCAAAUGAUGGCAGGAGACAAGCUAGCACAGUGUCCACCUGAAAUGUUUGAUGUCAUCCUGGAUGAGAAUCAGCUGGAGGAUGCAUGCGAGCAUCUUGCAGAGUACCUGGAUAUCUACUGGCGUGCUACGCAUCUCCCCUGUUCUGCCCCUGUUAACCCCUUACUGGACCAAAGCGUGAUCACCCCACCCUCAGCUAACUCCAGCCAACAGUUUUCUGAGACUCAAGAGUUGAUAGAAUGAUCACUACCAGAGACAAAGACCAGGGCGCCACCAGGGGGCAGCAGCAGCCCUCAUCUCUCCAAAACCAGCCACCACCUUCUCUGGCCUACACCCAGACUGAAGAGGAGAACAAGAGUAGAGUCCCUUGCGAGAGAGAAAGAGCAGGAGGCUGGUGAGCUGGAGGAAGAGGAGACACAAAAGCAGGGAGAGGAGCAGGAGGAGGAGGGAGAUUUGGAAGAGGAGCCUCCACCUCACUGCUGCCCCCUUGGGAAGAGCUCCCUGCCCCCACCUCCACGCGACAACUCAGGGCCGCUUUCUACAGCUGCACGCCUACUGGUAACAAAAACCAGUACAGCAGUGCAGUCACUGCACGCCACCUUCCCUCACCCUCCCUCCCAACCUGACCUUGUCCCCAACUCCCUGCUUUCACACAGGAAGUCACACCCCCCUCCUGGCAGAGCUGAGCCAGCCCAUGUGUGAUCAGACACCCAGGGGUGGCCGUCCAAGACACACAUAGGCUAACUCAGCUCACGUUGUAGGCAAAUUAAACACUUGUGAAGGCAGAGUAUGUUAGCAUACAGAACUGUAGCAUAGCAAUGCUAUCAGUAUAACACACAAAACAAACAUGAGUAGCUUCCCAUCAUAGGGUUCCCAGGGUUUCCUCUCUGAUACACCUGGCUUCCCCCUCUGGCCAAAGAGUGCAGAGAGUGACAGAAACCCAAGUCUGUAUGUCCUCCAUCUCCACAGCUCUCUGUGAGCUGAGAUUCCAGUUUAACCAAAUGUUUCCUCGAAGGCACAAUUGUUCAGCAGAGUCAACAUGGUCUCACCUGUGUUGACAACGUUCCUCUUCCUUUAGCACUUGCGUUCUCUUUUUGUUUAUCAAGUAGCCUUUAUUUCAUUUUAUUUUUUUUUUUUUACAGUAGCUAUCUAUACUACUAUCUAUGAUUCAUAUCUUGGCUCUUAGUAAAGCUGAUCACAUAUCUGUAACGCAACAGUGAUGCAAAACUCAUGCAUGACAAGCACAUACUUGCACAUCAACAGUCUAUAUGCAUCUUCUGUCACAGCUGUGAAUGUAUAAAAGCUGGUCCGUUGUCUUAGCGAGGCUAAUUUACGAUGACUGUGGUUUGUUUGAAAAUAUUUGGUGGUAAAUCCCAUCACCUAAAUGCAAUUCAAUAUUAACCAAAAAGUGUGGCUGUUGUCAAAUAUGAUUUUUUUUAUUUUAUACUAAAAAAAAAAAAAAUUAAAAUUCGUUCCAGACGUCAUGAAAUUCAGUCUCAGGCUUUCAGUUUUGGCACACUUCGUAUUUAUUAGCUGUUGUUUCACAUCAAACUGCUUCAGAUGAGGUUUUUAAAGUAAAACUUAAAGCUUGAGACUGAAAAAAAAUGACUCUGUCCUUUUUAGGAGAAACCAUACUUUUCAAAACAGAUGUUGCACAAACUGCCAUUGGCUGUUAAUCACAUUAAGGAGAACAAAAUGAUAAAUUGUGAGAGAUUUAACAGGUUUCCAGGUGACUUGAAAACACCUCAUCAAGUAGAUUUACUGUCAAAUUUCCAAAGACAAUAGACGCAUAGGUUAAUAACACAGUUAACUGUUACCUCAGCAUGUGUGCUGAAUGUAAUUCUCGGUGAUGUUAGCUCUAAAGUACGCACAUCAACAGCAGUCAGGAAAAUCUGCAUUUUUUGUUUUGUUUUAACACAUCAGUGAUGUAAUUUACAUUUCACACUUCACUGCUGCUCAGUGGUGAAUUGGUGACUGGAGAGGUGGGUGGACUAUAGACAUCAAUGGAGCUUCAGAAUGAAGUGAAAAAGGAGUUACAUUCACCUUCCACUACACCACUGUGCGAAGAGAAGACUAUAUUUCCACUGAAGAGACAUCAACAGAUUGCAAAGGGUCACUUCCUAAUAAGCCCAGUAAAUUAUCGAAUUAUCUUUUGGCACUAACGGCUAAACUCAGCAUGUGUACAGCAGGCCUAUAAGUAUAUGGAGGGUGACCUCUGGUGGUGUCUUUAUGUUACACUUAUAUCCACCACUGCUUAUUUCUCUGCCCGUUGCAAACAAGACAUUUAAUAAGCAUCCACAUUCACUAGUUAUAUAUACAACUUCCAGUUGUAGGACUUAUUAAAUGUCUUUGCUGCAAAUACCAAAAACUUCCAAACUUCACAUAGCCACCCACCGUCUCUUUUGUGUUAAUUUAAUCAUCUACCGGCCUCCAUAUCGUACAGUACUCACAAAAACGAAUGCAUCUUAACUGAGAUUCUCUUCAUUCAUGCAUCUGCUUUUACCAUAUAAACUAUAGACUUCAGCUGACAUACCACACAUGUAAAUAAUCUAAUGUAUGUGCAUGACAUAUUGUAUUCCUGUUUCAUCAGAAGGGCUUUUUAGGACCAUCCUCACAUGAGCCAUUCACUCUUCAGAGUACAUAAUCAGUCACAUAUAUCAAGGCUUAAUUGUACAUACUGUAUAUUCAAUAUGCAGAUAUUAUAUUAUUAUUAUUAUUAUUAUUAUUAUCAAAUUGCACAGAAACAAUAAAUGCUGACAGGAAGUAGAAGGGUUUUAGUCACAGUACACAACUCUAUACUCAAUGCCUCAGAAAGCAUGUGUUUAUCCGUAUGUUCCUCUCGUUUUAGAAUGAUGCACUGCAGUUAUUUAGGACCACCGUAAAGUUUGCUUCCACCGACACCCACAUUCAUUUCUGAAGGACCAGGUUUGAGAUACAUAACUUCUACUUGAUGAAACACAGAGAGCACAGUACCUUCUUUCGAUAAUAAAAAAUACAGAUUUCAACUCCUUCUAUUUGCUUAAUUUUUAUUGCAGGAAAUUUCUACAAAAAGUGAAUUAUUCUUUGGACGUCCAAAGCACAAUUUUUUACAAUUAUCAUUUCCUAUUGCGUUUCACUUGCCUAAAUUCUGUAUGCAAUACAAAGUCUAGCACUGACGAGACACUAGCUGAGACUAUCAAGGUAUCUCCUCAGUUAUGAUGGGGUAUAAUUGCACUACUAUCAUUUAUAUGUCUGCUUUACGAUGCAAUAAAUGCACUAAACGUUAUGCUGUACCCACCUCCAAUACCGAACAAGUUGUCUGGUCUGAUGAUGAUGUCAACAUUUCACGUGGUUUCUGACAAGUCGACGGGAUAAAUGAUAUCCAACAGUGUCUGAUGAUGAUGUGUACAGGGUGCAUUUGUCUAUAGCACAUUUGAAAGAGGGGGUGAAUAAAACACAAACAACAUUUAAGUAA